AUGGCGCCACUCCGGCUUGCGGAUCGACCUGUCCGACCAAGGCAUGAAUACGAAGAGGACGAAGAGCUUGAGCUGUCUGACGAGGAUGUCAGCGACGAGGAACAAUUGGAGGGGACGGACUCGGCUGAAAGCGAUUCGCAGUCAGAAGACAAGGACACAGCUCUGUCAUCCGACGCAGAUGGAGACGACGACGAGGACACGCAAGAUGAGCAACCCUCAUUGGCAGAUAUAAGUUUUGGUGCUCUCGCAAGAGCACAAGAGACGUUUAACCCCAAGCCUCGAAAACGGAAAUUCGCAGAGACUGGGGAAACACCCGCGGCACACGAUGACGGCCGGGACGGAGACGAGCCAUUCGACACCCGCAGGCGAGCGAAGGAAGCACGGCUCGACGCUCCGAAACGAACAUCCAAACACGCGCCGACUGUCGAGUCCGCUCGAAAACCCGUCUCCCGCAAAAGAACGAUAUUUGAGCCUCCACCGUCGGCAAAGUCGCGAGACCCCCGUUUCGAUCCCACCGUCAUGUCCACCAACCGCGCUCCCGGCGCCGCGGAGAAGGCCAACAAGAACUACUCGUUCCUGUCGCAGUACCAAGCAGAAGAGAUAUUGCAACUGAAAACACAGAUUAAGAAGGCCAAGGACCCUGAUGUGGUCGCCGAUCUCAAACGACAGGUCAUGUCGAUGGAAUCGAAGGUGCGGAACGCGCAGUCCAGACAGCGAGAAGCCGAGAUCCGGAAGAAACACAAGGAGAAGGAGAAGGAGGCGCUGCGGUCCGGCCAGAAAUCCAAACCCUAUUUCUUGAAGGAAGCAGACGUCAAGAGACUCGCCAAACAAGAAAGACUCGAGAGCAUGGGCAAGAAAGCCCGUGACAAGGCUGAAAAGAGACGCCUGAAGAGGGAGAAGGGUAAAGAAGCACGAGACAUGCCGAAAGUGCGACGAGAGCGGUAG